CCCAGAAGUAUCAUUCUUCAAAGUACUUAGUCUAAAUAAGGCAGAAUGGCCCUACAUGGUGGUGGGCAUCAUCUGUGCGACCAUCAAUGGUGGCUUGCAGCCUGCUUUUGCUGUUAUCUUCUCCAAAAUCAUUGCUGUGUUUGCUGAGAUAGAUGAGAAUGUAAAGAGGGAAAGGGCAAAUCUCUUCUCAUUGUUGUUUGCUGUCAUUGGGGUGGUUUCUUUCAUCUCUCUAUUCUUACAGGGUUACUGUUUUGGUAAAGCUGGUGAGAUUCUGACCAUGAGACUGAGGUACAGAGCCUUCAAAUCCAUGAUGAGACAGGACCUAGGUUGGUAUGAUGACCCUAAGAAUAGUGUGGGAGCCCUGACCACCAGACUGGCCACCGACACUGCACAAGUGCAGGGCGCAACAGGGGUGAGAUUGGCCACAUUGGCUCAGAAUAUGGCGAACCUUGGCACUGCAAUCAUCAUCUCAUUCGUGUAUGGCUGGCAGCUCACCCUGCUUAUCCUCUCCAUUGUUCCAAUUAUUGCUGUAGCAGGGGCAAUCCAGAUGAAGAUGUUGGGAGGCCAUGCUGUAAAGGACAAGAAGGAGUUAGAGCAUGCUGGAAAGAUUGCUACUGAAGCCAUAGAAAAUAUCCGCACAGUUGUAUCAUUGACGAGAGAGGGGAAGUUUGAGACACUUUACCAGCAGAACCUAAUUGUACCAUACAAGAAUGCUCAGAAGAAGGCACAUAUAUUUGGCUUUACAUUCUCUUUCUCCCAAGCCAUGAUCUACUUUGCUUAUGCGGGUUGCUUCAAGUUCGGCUCAUGGCUCAUUGAGCAAGAAAUGAUGACGUUUGAGGGUGUUUUUCUUGUAAUCUCAGCUAUAAUAUAUGGAGCCAUGGCUAUGGGAGAAGCCAACUCCUUUACUCCAAACUAUGCCAAGGCUAAGAUGUCAGCUUCCCAUAUCCUAAUGCUCAUCAAUCGAGUGCCAGAGAUUGACAAUGACUCAGAGGAAGGACUAACACCGAAUCACUUUGAAGGGAACGUCCGCUUUCGGGAGGUCAUUUUUAGAUACCCAUCACGGCCAGACGUGCCUGUACUGCAGGGCCUACAGCUCAAAGUGAAGAAGGGUCAGACCCUCGCUCUGGUUGGCAGCAGCGGCUGUGGCAAGAGCACCACCAUUCAGCUGCUGGAGAGAUUUUAUGACCCGAAACAAGGCACUGUGAUGCUAGAUGAUAACAACACCAAACAGCUGAACAUCCACUGGCUGCGCUCUCAGAUAGGAAUUGUAUCCCAAGAGCCAAUUCUCUUUGACUGCAGCUUGGCCGAGAACAUCGCAUACGGAGAUAACAGCAGGCAGGUCACUCAGGAUGAGAUUGAACAAGCUGCCAAGGCGGCUAAUAUACACUCCUUCAUAGAGGGGCUUCCUCAGAAAUACCAGACUCAGGCAGGUGAUAAAGGCACUCAGUUGUCAGGUGGACAGAAGCAGCGUAUUGCCAUUGCCAGAGCCAUCCUGCGCAACCCCAAACUCCUGCUACUAGAUGAGGCCACAUCAGCACUUGACACAGAAAGUGAAAAGAUCGUACAGGAGGCGCUGGAUAAGGCUCGUGAGGGUCGUACCUGCAUCAUAGUGGCUCAUCGGCUCUCCACCAUCCAGAACGCAGACGUCAUCGCCGUGUUUCAGAACGGUGUGGUGGUGGAGGAGGGCACCCACAAACAGCUCCUCAGCCAGAAGGGGGUCUACUACACUUGUCAAUUCCCAAAUGGGUUACAGCAAAUAGAAUACAGCAAAUAGGAAUUAGCUAUUACUUGAGAUAAUGACAGGGGACCAGGAUUUGUUUUCUGCAAUUCGAAGAAUGUAAGUAUUCUAUUGGUGCUGAGCAUAUUGUGAGAUGAUCUGUUAUGUUAGACAGGAUACGUUGUUAUAGUUAUAUAUGUUGACAUCAUGUUAGACGAGGAACAUUUCAGAUGUUAUUCUUCCUUUUAUGCAACAUCGUUUAACAAUUUAAAAAGCUGUAAAACACAAGGAUAUGUCUAGGAAAAAAAUACGGUUGCACUACUGAGGAUGUUAAAACUUGACUCCACUGGACAUAUAUUCACUUCUAACCUGAGUUUAUUUUACUAAUUCAGUUCAGGUUAAUAAUCACUUAUGAUCCAUAUUACAACUAACAGCACCUAUUAAAACAACAAUUUAGCCACACCCAGUCAAAAUAACAGACACAGAUACAGAGAUUGGUUUUCAGCAAGCUAGAAUGUGUCACGGAAGUAAUAAGAAUCAUUGGAUGCUUUGUGUUUGGCUAGUUUCAAUGUACGUAAUUAUUACUAAUAUAUAUUUAUUUAAUUAAUGAAGCUUAUAUAUAAAAGAACCUGUCACAUAAGUAGCAAAAGUUCUGCUAUGGCACUGUAUUGUGUUCAAAUUGGGCACAAAUAUUUAUACUGUCUCUCUACUUUUGUUUGAAAUAAAUUUUAGCACUUGUUCAAA